AACGCGACUGCACCUUAUCAUUACAAGUAUUUGGUGUACUGCACAGAUCAAGGAUAUGACAGCGACCUUAUAUUUGAUAAAGGCAUUAGGAAUUAUCUCGCUCUUCAGUGCACCAUCUGAAUGGAAACAUGGACACCACCUACAGGGGAGGAAUUGUAGUCAACAAUGUCCAGGAACUGUGAGCCUAGUCACUCAGUAGGGAUGCUGGCUGCUGUGGAACAUGGUCCCAUCCUCUGCAGCGACUCCAACAUCCUCUGCCUCUCCUGGAAGGGCCGGGUCCCCAAGAGCGAGAAGGACAAGCCGGUGUGCCGGCGGCGCUACUAUGAGGAGGGCUGGCUGGCCACGGGGAAUGGAAGAGGGGUGGUGGGGGUAACGUUCACAUCCAGCCACUGCAGGAGAGACAGGAACACCCCUCAGAGAAUCAACUUCAACCUGCGAGGACACAACAGUGAGGUUGUGUUGGUCCGUUGGAAUGAGCCCUUUCAGAAGCUGGCCACGUGUGACAUGGAGGGAGGCAUCUUUGUUUGGAUUCAAUAUGAGGGACGGUGGUCUGUGGAGUUAGUGAAUGACCGCGGUGCCCAGGUGAGUGACUUCACAUGGUCUCAUGACGGCACCCAGGCCCUGAUCGCCUACCGUGAUGGGUUUGUCCUAGUGGGGUCAGUCAGCGGACAGAGACACUGGUCCUCAGAGAUUAACCUGGAGAGCCAGAUCACCUGUGGCAUCUGGACACCUGAUGACCAACAGGUGUUGUUCGGUACGGCUGAUGGUCAGCUGAUAGUGAUGGACUGCCACGGUCGUAUGCUCGCCCAUGUCCUCCUGCAUGAGUCAGAUGGCAUCGUCGGCAUGUCCUGGAACUGUCCCUGUUUCCUGGUGGAGGACAGCACAGAGAGCGACACCGACUCUGAUGACAAUAACCCACCUCAAGUACGUAGCCUGAAGCCCCUUCUGACAGUCAGCUUCAUAUCAGGAGACAUCAGUUUGAUGAACAACUACGAUGACCUCGCUCCUAUCGUCAUCCGCUCAGGACUCAAAGAUGUGGAGGUCCAAUGGUGUUCGCAGGGGGACCUCCUGGCAGUAGCUGGGAUGGAGAGACAUGGGCUCCCUGGAGUCCCCUCUGACUCUAUCAUGAGGAACGCCCUGGUCAAGUUCUACAACGUCCAAGGAGAACAUAUCUACACGUUAGAAACACCUGCCCAGCGCCCCAUCACCACCAUCUGCUGGGGCCACAGAGACUCCCGUCUGUUUCUGGCAUGUGGCCCGGUGCUGUACGUGGUGCGUGUGGAGCACCGGGUGGCCAGCCUGCAGCUGCUGUGCCAACAGGGCAUCGCCAGCGCCCUGCGAGAGGAGAGGGACGUGGGCAAACUCAACAUGCCCUCCAUACUCUGCUCCUACGUCACCACCGCCUUCAUACCCACCAUCAAGCCUCCCAUUCCUGAUCCCAACAACAUCCGGGACUUUGUCAGCUACCCCACGGCUGGCAACGAGAGGCUGCACUGCACCAUGAAACGAGCGGAGGACAACCCUGAGGCAGGGGGACCCUGUUACACCCUCUACCUGGAACACCUAGGGGGGCUGGUGCCCAUCCUCAAAGGCAGACGCAUCAGCAAGCUACGCCCAGAGUUCAUUAUCAUGGACCCUAAAACGGACAGCAAAGCAGGUGGGCUUGGCACAGGAAAAGACGAGGUGUGUGUGAAUGCUAUGAUCUCCUACAUGACUGACAGCUGUAACUGUUCCGACUCCAGCGACAUUGAGUUGAGUGAUGAGUGGGUCGGGAAGAAGUCGCCUAAACUAUCCAGAGGAAACAGGUCUCCCAAGCAUUCCAGGCGUAGAAGGAACAUGGAAUCUAGAAAAUCUCCCAAGAUGUCUAGGACUAGUCAGGAAGGGCUUAGAUCGCCAAGGUUACCAACAAAGAAGCCUCUGAUUCGUUCUCCCAGUCUGACACGUCGAGAGAUGUCCAUGGAUGGAAUCUCUGAGCAUAAUUACCUGGCUCAAGUCACGUCCAAUAUUUGGGGGACAAAGUUCAAAAUUGUGGGACUUGCUUCUUUCUUACCUGCUAAUCUGGGGGCAGUUAUCUAUAAGACCAGUUUGCUCCAUCUACAACCAAGGCAGAUGACAAUCUACCUUCCAGAGGUGCGGAGAAUAUCACUUGACUUCAUGAGCCUGCCGGUCUUUAACCCCAACGUCUUCAGUGAGGACGAGGAUGACUUGCCAGUAAUGGGACCAUCUGGAGUGACAGGUGACAACCCUCCAUGUACGGUCAACAUCCCCAUCGCGCCCAUCCACAGCCCCGCCCAGGCCAUGUCCCCCAAUCAGAGCAUUGGUCUGGUCCAGUCCCUGCUGGCCAAUCAGAACAUUCAGCUGGAUGUCCUGACCAAUCCCACGGCUACGGCUUCAGCAGCAGCAGCAGCAGCAGCAGCGGCCUCAGCCUCUGUUCCGGGGUCUGAUCAUGGUCAGGAUGCUGUGGCAGUACAGUACAGUGGGACUCUAGGAAGGUACUCCAACCCAGGACAGGUGAUCUUUAAUGGGCUAGAGAUGGGUCCCCUCCUGGCUGGAACGCUACCUCCACCUCCGCCUCCACAUAACCUCCCUCAACAACCUCACCAACAACGUCCUCAGUCACAACAGACGCACCAACAACAGCAGUCCAAACAACCACAGCAGAUACAAACGCAACAGCAGCAACAGCAGAGGAUGCAACAACAACAUCAACAACUACAGCACCAACAACAACAGAUUCCACAACAACAUCAACAACUGCAACAGCUUCACAUACAGCAGAUCCAACAGCAGCAGCAACAACAGACUCAGCAGCACCAAGCACUGCAACAACAGUACCAACAACAACAGGCGGCACUGCAACAGCAACAACAGCAGAUCCAACAGCAGCACCAACACUUGCAACAGCAGCAAAUCGCUCAGCAGCACCAACAGAUGCAACUACAACACGAGCAAAUGCAUCAGCAGCAGCAACAAAUGCAGCAGCAACAACAGCAGAUCCGACAGCAGAUUAUAGAGAUGAGACAACAACAGCAGCAGCUGCAGCAGCAGCAUCAGCAGAUACAACAACAACACCAACAGAUGCAGAGGCAGCACCAACAAAUGCAGCAGCAACUGAAGCUGCAGAUCACCUUGCCCCCUCCGCCUACUGGCUACCCCACCAUCUCCCUGCAGCAGUUUCAGGUACCCCACCCCAGUCCUGAGUCGGGGCCAGAAAGAGGACAGCAGGGGCAUACUCAGAGCCAUACUCUGGGCAGGCCAAGUCUACCGCGGUCCAGGCCUCCAUCAUUCAUUGAUGUAGACAGCAUACGGUCUAGACCUCCUUCCUUCCUCGAAGCAGACACAUCAAGAUCUAGACCGCCGUCAUUCAUCGACAUAGACACAAUACGGACUAGACCUCCUUCUUUCAUUGAUGUAGAUACCGGUACAUUGCGGUCUAGACCUCCGUCUUUCCUCGAUGCGGACUCCUCCCGAUCCAGAACUCUUUCAUUCAUAGACACAGACACACUACGGUCUAGACCUCCUUCCUUCCUUGAUGCAGAGACUUCCGUUGAGAUCCAGAUGAGGAAAGUGAACCCUCCACCGCCCUACCCAGGAACUGUAGUAUCUGCAACCACCGUCACAACCUCCACCGCUCCUCAGACCCUCAUCACCAACUGUGACAACCCCAACAUCCUGGUUACAGCAGACCCGUGUCUGAAGAAAGACGAGUUCUCCCUCCACCCAGUUGGUCUCCAGUACCAGAUGGGAUACGAGAGAAUCACGACCUUUGACAGCAGUGGGAAUGUAGAGGAAGUGUGUCGCCCUCGCAGAAGACUCAUACGCAACCAGAACGCCUACGCUGUUCAAGGCAUGGGAGGUUCGGCCACACUUAAAGUCACCUCAUCGUCUGACAGUAAGAAAGUCCAUCUUCCUUACAGCUCAGCGACCCUAAGCCGCCUCUCAGUGCCACGAUACUCCAUACCCAGCAGAGACCCGCCCCCCUACCCAGAUCCAGCCAAUCAGGUUAACAUUAACACGACAACACUUCCUCCUCCCCAACGCAUGGACAGUAGUCACAUGAUUCACGCUACGUUGCGGCGUGACAGGCGAGACGUGGAAUCCCGCUUGAAGGUGUCCCAGAUGGUUGACGCUUCAAGGACUCUACCGUCCAAGUCUAAGAUCAACAGUGCUGCCCUAGCGCUCUCUUACCAGCAGAGGGUGCCUACAGCUCUGUAUACCUGCACUCAGUGCAGCAGCAACAGCAGCAGCACCAGUGUCAGUGUUAGCGGUGGUGGUAGUAGCAGCAGUGGCAUCGCAGGAGGCACUGUGGUGCGGCAGGAUUUCCCACCAGGAAAAGGUGCUCAUCACAGCACCAUCAUUGUCCACUCCAAAAGUACUUCGCCUCUAGCUUCUCAGUCGUCGUACAAUCUGCUGAGUCCUGUUGAUAACAGCAGGGAUAGGACGGUGUACGUGAACUCUGCCUUUACUGAAGACGAGACAUUAAGUCAGCAGUGUCGUCACUUGACUCUUGGGGAAGUUAGUUUGACUCUGAAACGUCCUCCACCAUACCAGUGGGACCCGAACACCUCAGAGGAGUUCUGGAUACCUCAAGAACAGACUAUCUUAGCUCCCCCUCCACCACCAACGCACAAACCACCACCCCCGCUCAUCUUCAGCAAUGCUCAGCACCUGGACAUGACGCGGCUGCCUUUCCUACUCUCAACAAAACCUCCCAGCAGCCCAAGCACUGUUACUUUCCCAUCAGGUUACCAGAUCUCCCUGUCACCUUUCCCUCCAGGGGGAGGUCAGGGUGGACCCCCACUCCAGUCAAUGCAGAGCCCUCCACCACCCUGCCCUCCCAACGAAGUAGUUGCCCCAGUCCCCCAGUUCACCCCACAGGACCCCAACCUGGUCUUGCCACCUGGAUACCCUCCCAACCUUGCCAACCUGGCUUGCUGCCCUCUGCCCCCGAUGUACCCAGGAGCCAGCUCCUGUGCCGGGCUUCAGCUGCACCCUGUUAGCCUGCACCCCUGGAACCCCUACAGCCUACCCAUGCAGGACCCCUCAGGCUCUGCCACCCUCCCCAUCAAGUCUCAUCAGUUGUUAGAGAAGCCAGUCCUCUCCCCACCUCCUCCUACGGUUCCUCCUCCCCCACCUCCUUCACUUCCUCCUCCUCCUCCACCAACCGAGCUGCCAAAACCCAAAAGCCCUACAGAGGAGCUGGCGGAAUCUGCCAGUAGCUUCCAGGAGCCGUCUUCUCUAAACGAAAGCCCUGUUCCAGACCGGCAGGGGUCCGACAGGUUCAGCAAGAAGAGUCGUAAACGUCUGGACAGCCGAGCUGAGGAGGCAAACAUGACCACCGUCUCAGAGGGAAAAUCCAAAAAGGAAGGGCGCGCCCUCUCCGACUUCAACUCCCUCAUCUCCAGCCCCAGGCUGGGUGGCAGGGAGAAGAAGAAACCCAAAGGCCAGAGGGAGCAGCUGAACAAAACCAAGAAGCUGAACAGGACAAGUACCACCAGCGAGUUCCAGGACAGUUCGGAGAGUGAGCCCGAGCUCUUCAUCAGCGGAGACGAACUGAUGAACCAGAGCCAGAGCUCCAAGAAGGGCUGGAAGAGUAAGAGGAGCCUGAGGAUGGCCAGCGAACUGGAGGAGAUCAAGUGCAGGAAGGCCAAUGAGAGAGAGGACCGCGGGCUGGGCAGCCAGGGAUUCGUCUACGUCAUGGCCAAUAAGCAGCCACUGUGGAACGAGGCCACACAGGUCUACCAGCUGGACUUCGGAGGACGGGUCACUCAGGAGUCUGCUAAGAACUUUCAGAUCGAGCUGGAUGGCAGACAGGUGAUGCAGUUUGGCAGAAUCGAUGGGAACGCCUAUAUCCUGGAUUUCCAGUAUCCUUUCUCAGCAGUGCAGGCCUUUGCUGUGGCCUUAGCCAAUGUUACUCAAAGGCUGAAGUGAGAGACUGCUCUAUCCCAGCGCCAUGUACAGUACCAGUCAAAAGUUUGGACACACCUACUCAUU